AAAACCCCGCUGAUUCGGAAGAGUCAGAGAGUGAGGAGGAAAUCUUGUUUGAAACGAGCAGUUAUCCUGGAUGUGAAAGCACUAGUUGUAGUAGCCAGAGCAGUGCCAGUGGCGAUGAGAGUGAAAGUGAUGUAGACUUACCUAUCAGGAUACCCACAAACACAAGAAGUGGACGAAAAUCAACACGUUUUUUAUUCUAAGACUAUUUUAAAGUUUUCUGUUUUCGAAGACAUGAAUUCGCAUGCAAACGCCUUCCUCCACGUGUCCGAGGAUAUAAUAUACUUGAUUUGAAACAAACAAAUAUGAUCUACUUUGAUAUAUAUGUAUAUGUAUAUAGAGGGCCACAAAUUUAUCAAUAGAAUAGUGUUGCACCACUGUUGAGUAACGUCCCUUUUGAAAAUAAAAUCCAUUGUGUUUACCUGAUCAUAUAACUAUGUUAUAUUUGUUACAUUCAUAUUUUUUGCGACUUUUUCGACAAAAUAUUUCACAAGACUUUAUUUUUGCGAUCUUGACACGAAACAAUAAAACAAAGAUUAAAGUGGAAAAGGAUUAAGACAGUAUAAAUCAUUCAUAGUCGGAAGUCUUUAAUUUCGCGAUUUUUUGCAAUCAAGAAAAUUACGAAAUUAAGUGCGAACAUUGUAGCGUUUCUUGAUGACCCCCCGUCCGGAUUCUUAACUUAUUAUCUACAGCCCCCCUAACGAUUACAGAUAAAAAUAGCUGACCCCCCCGUGAAAUCCUCAUAGCCCCCCCACACAUAAAUUAUGAACGCUCCCUUAUAGACUUUGAUUUUUUAUGCGGACCUUAAAUUGACAUUUUGAAGUCCCUUAUUGUGCCCUUAUAUAGGAUGAUUUUCUAGAUAAAGUUUUACAACUGUACAAUUUAUAAGAAUUCCGAAUUUCAAUGUACUGCAUUUGUAGUGAGCCCAAAAAAAUUCACGGAAAGGAAAAAUAUAAUUAAUCCAUAUUUAUGGUUGAACUGUGUCUAAAUAAUUUUAUGCUUUAUUUUCUUUUACCUACGCAUAAUUGAAGGAGGCGAUUCUGUUAUUAAGUUCAUCCAAAGUAAACGUUUUCUGCUCUAAAAUGUAAAACUUCAACAGCUCUUUGGUAUGAUACUGCAACACUCCUUCUAGGACAUCAUGCAUAGCAUCAGCAGGCAGUCCACCAACAACAUGAUAAUACCUUGAGUUGUUCAAUGAAGACCUCCUAUUCAAGCCAUAUGCCAUACUGAAAUAAUCUGCUUGAACAAGAAGUCUGCAGUGAACCUCGUAGCCAUCCUUUGUUCGUAGGGUAAAGUCUGAUUCAUGAAACUAUAAAUUUAAGUUAUACACAGUUAUAAAUUUAAGUUAUACACAGAAAUGGGAUUUCUAGCAUAUCCAGCAUAAUAAAAACUGGAACGCAUAAUUCUGUUCUUUGUGAAUUGAUUGUCAAAAGUCAAAAAGAAGCAUAUAAUUGUCCAAUAAUUUUGUGUAAGAAUCACAAAUUCAAAAAUAUGUUAUUAAAUGCCUACUUCAGAUUUCAGUAGAUGCCUAAGUACUAUAUACUGUACCUUGGUUUGAAUUUGCUCGGCAAGUCCCAUGCAUUCUCUGCAUUUUUGGUGUGCUUGAGAUCCCUCCUUAAAGCCACCUAAUAGUUGUGAUCCAAGAUUAUCUCCAGAGGAAUAUGCAAUAGUCCCUCUGAAGAAACUCUUUGUACCAUGUACAUCAAAUUCAACACCAGUGUCCUAAAAUAAAUUUUAAGAUAAAAUCAGCUGAAUGUUAUCAUUAACACUUAUAUACUUGGCUUAUUAAAAUGUAGAUUACCACUGGCAGAUACAGUACCUCAAGUUGUCUGAUGUCCUUCAUGAUAACUUCAAGGAUGGAUUCGACACCAUAUUUCUUGAGAUGCUGGCUGUUGACAAUGGCGAUCAGUUGAAUUGCACUCAGACUUGAUCGUUUCUCAGGUGAAAUGUUGCCCAGGGUGUAGUAGAAGUUGCCUGAAUUAUGAAGGUAAAUACAUUGUUUAAAUAUUCUGUAAAAUUGACAUAUUUUUUAAGUUCUUAUGGACCAUUUUUUAAGCCAUCAAUGUCCCUAAUUUUAUGCUGCAAAACUACUAAGAGCACCAUGUUUCAUAAUACUUUAUCUAACACCAGAAAAUAUUGUUACAGGCAGACCAUGCAUCUGGGGACAGUUGUUCAAAGCUAGGUUAAAACUAAUCCUGGGUUAAAACUUAACCCUACGUUUUAGUUUGUGUGUUUCUGCACACCUGUUUACUUCGAAAGUGUAAAGAAGAAAACUCUCAUUAAUCCAAACAAGAUUUCUGAAGAAAUAUUUCUGAAUUCACAUACAAACUGUGGGAAAAUUUAGUUUGAAUUUUAAAGGACAUUGGCACCCAAAAUUUUUAUUACUUAUAUCUCUUAGGUAUACUUGCGGAAUAUUUAAUUUCAUAUUUUGGCCGGUUUGUCGCGUUUAGUUGUUGAGAAAAUUUGAUAGAAAGUUCAACAGUUAUCCGCCAUUUUGAAAAUAAGCGCGUAUGCUAAUUUAUGCCUCAAAAUACAUUAUCUGACGUCAUUGGCUGGGUAAAAACAAUUUCAUGACUAUAAACACAGUGUUAUAAACAAUACUGAGUAUUUCACAUGAUUGAAUUACCACGUCCCCUGAACAGAAAUUGCCCACUGAAGUCUAUCAAAAACACGAAUUUCGAAAUAGUUAGUAAAAUAGUAAAUGAUUUAAAUUUUAAAUAAUAGAUAGAAAGUCAAGCAAACAUGUUUAUAGUACAAACUAUUGUAUUCAACUAUUGUAUUCAACUAUUGUUUUCUCAGUCCUAGACCAGUUUGUGUCCCCUAGGAAUUUGCCAAAUGUCCCCUCUCGGGGACAUGUCCCCCAAGUUGAAAACCGUUGGUGUAGACUUAUCUUGUUUGAUUGCGAAGAGUGUUGGUCAGUAUAACGCUCAAAACGACAUAUUUUUAGCUAACAUAACACGUACGCAAAUAUAGAAUUCUCUCUUGUAGUUUUAGUGCUACCCAUCCAAUGACGUCACUCAGGUAUGUUAAUGCCUGGGUCUGCCCACGCUUGGAUAAUAUCUUGCGCGCGUAUUGCACGCGUGAUCUGUCAGUAAUGCGUCUGUUAGAAUAUGCGCCCCUUGUGUGAGUAUUUUAGUGAAUUUGGGCGUUUGCUUCAAAUCAAAAUAUAGUAUAUAUGAGCGACAGGAUUAUUUUGGAAUAUACAAUGCAAAGAAGUCGGUAUACUAUUCAGUUUUUAUGUAAUAAUUGGCUAUUUGUAUAGCAAUAAGUAUUGUUUCAUUUGCGACAGCUGACCUUUGAACUGCUGAUAAAUAAAAGCUUCUUAUAGUGCGCUAUCUUGCGAUUAUUCAGUAUUAAUUGUUGAUUGUUUCUUAUUUUCAAUGAAAAAUUGCUUGUGGAUUAUAAAUUCAUUAUAGCACGUACAGUUUAGUCGGUCUUUUCCACCAUGGCAUGAUUCCCUUCAAGCAUUAACCAUGUUUCAAGAUAUCGACUUGUAUGCGCAAUGAAUGUUGUUAUUGGAAAUAUAAUAUCCCUUACAAUAAGUGGCAGACUGUUUCAUUAUGGCGCGUGAAGUUCAUCACGCGAAAAACGCGUUCGACUUGCAGCAGGGUAAUUUGACGAAAUUUUGCUAUUUUUAUUAGCUAAAAACAUUAACAAGGGAACAAAGUUUCCUGCUUUAAUUCGGAAAUCGUACAUUUAUUUGUAGAUAACAUUUAAUGACGCGUUUAACAUUCGUUUGAUGCCGAUCGUCGUAAUAUAGCCGCAUAAAAUGAAACGAAGCCUAAAUGUAAACUUUCCAGAUUCAUUCAAUAAACAGUGAUAUCAUGUGUGAAUGAUUAUCGCAAUUCUGCGUCCUCUCAGUAACGAAUUAUACUGCUGCAGAGCCUCUGAAUAAAACGUAUCAAUUUUUGUGUUGUUUUUCGAAAUAUACAUCACGUGAUCGUUGCCAUGACAAAAAAAAGUAUGUCAAUUUUUAGAAUCUCCUUUGAUAAAUCAUAUAAAACUUGAAUGGUAAUAAUCAAGGCCAUACUUAUUUUUUUAUGAUUUUUUGUCUAUUUUCGCUAAAUACACAAACUGAGACCCAGGCAUUAACAUACCUGAGCACAAAGUUCAUUGACCUUCGAGAUAAUUUGUCAAAAAAUAUUUCCAAGAUGGCGGCGAAACACAAAGUUUGCAUGCAUUUUACUCGUAGAUUAAAAUGUUUGAGAACGAAAUGAUAAUAUUUUCAUAAUUAGGUCGUCAAGUAGGAUUGAAAUAGCCAAUAAAAAUUUUCGGUGCCAUUCUCCUUUAAGUUAACCCAGUGUUAAACUAACCGGCUUUUGAACAAUUGGCCCCUCUGGAUGGUUAAUCUGGUUUACCUAUUUUAUGUGUGUUUGCCCGAGACCUGAGGGGGUUGCAUACUUCUAACUCGUCAAAAAAUAGGAUUAUUUGAAGAGCAUGCCUAUAGUGAAAAGAAAAUUUGUAAUGUUGCAGGAAAUGUAUGGUGUUUCUCAGAAUUGAGACAAGUAUACAGUCCAAUAUUCUGUUGUGCAAGAAAGGCUAUAAAACCAUACAUACCUAUCCUCACUAAAUAGUGGAUGUGCUUGAAAUUCUUCCCCAUCACAAUAGUCACCCAGCAAGCCAUCAUCACGGUUGUGCGGGUUGUCAAUCUGAAUAUUUAGAUUACAAUGGUUGAACAACAUUGAAUUAAAUUGAAAAUCAACAAAUUGAUAAAGAAAUUGUAACCUCUUCAACAACAGCAUCAUUUGUUAAAAGCUGUUCAAUGCUUUUAAGGAUUGGGACAUAAUAGGCCUUAUCCUCUUUUUCAACAUCCACAAGUUUGCUGCCUUUUCUAGUCUUUUUGUGGUAUCGACCCAGAACAAUCUUUUCUGGCUCCUGUAUAUAUAAUGUAAAGGAUAGAUGAAUCAAAACAAUAGUACUAUCAACAUAAUAAAUGUAUGCCACAAUGUUUUCACUAUAUGGCAGAAAAAUGUAAGCAAAGCAAUAAUAUGUCACGUAAGGUUAUAUACAGUAGAGAGUUUUAGCUUGACGUUUACGGCAAACGUCAAACCGCUAACAAAGUUUUUGAUUUUACCAUUCUGUUAUAACAGCUUUUACACCAAUUUUGAAAUGUAAACAAUUAUUAAACUUGUGCUCUUUAGCAAUGAUUUAAAAGAAAGCAAAUUAAUCACUAGUCACGUAUUCGCAAAUGCAGUAAAUUAAGAUUUGGCGUUUGAAGUAUACGUUUGCCGUAUAAAUUUCAUGCUUUAACGACUAUACAAGCCCUCAUAGCAGUUCAAGCAUGAUAUUUAUACGCUAAACGUAAACUUCAAAUGCCAAAUCUUAAUUUACUGCUUUCGCGAAUACGUGACUAGUGGUUAAUUUGCUUUCUUUUAAAUCAUUGCUAAAGAGCACAAGUUUAAUAAUUGUUUACAUUUCAAAAUUGGUGUAAAAGCUGUUAUAACAGAGUUGUAAAAUCAAAAACUUCAUUAACGGUUUGACGUUUGCCGUAAAAGUCAAGCUAAAACUCUCUAUUAUACAGUAUAUAAGGCUGUUACUGUAUAUAUAUAUAUUAAAUUAAGUAACAAUAUGGUGAAAUGGGGUUAAAAUUAUCAUGCAUGAUCAUGGUAUAAAAUUUUAGGCAUUAGUUUUUUCAGCCAUUUAUGUACAGUUCUAAUGUACAUGGAAUCUUUGUUGUCAAAGAUUAUUCUGUUGUGUAAAGGCAUAAGAUAAUAUUUCAUUACACUUACCACCAUUCCUAAAUUGUUUUUGUAGUAUUGUAAUUGGGAAGCUUCGUUGUGGCAUCCCUGGAAUGGUUUCCGUAUACUACUAGACUCUUCGAAGAGCUCUGCAAUACCAGGGAUAUCAUCAAGUUGCAAACCAGCGUUUUGCAAACAUUGUAAUGUUGUACCCCAGAGUGCAGAACGUCAACACUAUUUUCGACAACCUGGGUGGUACUGCUGACAAUUGAUUCGACCACUGUCUGAGGUACCUUCACUUCGUCCUUGAUCUUCAGGAGCCUCAGAACAUUUGAGCGCCUGCACUGCUCCACCUCGCGUUCAAAAUCAAAACAGUCGUUGCCAUCUCCCUCGUCGUUAUUGGCCCUGUCAUCGACAUGAUGAUCGGCUGGUGGUUCUGCCUUUCCCUUUCAAGAAUUGCGGAAUGCUUCUGAACGAAGUGGCUUCUCAACGUAUAAAAAUUUUUGUAUGUCCUUGGGCAUCCGUCGAUACCCGCAAAGAACAUGGAAACUGCGGUCGUUUUGGUGCACACGACCGAGGUGUGAUAUUAAACCACGAAGAGUUAAAGAAGUAUAGUGAACACACAAGUUACAACGGUAGACCAUUUUCAAGUAGUCCAACUCUUAACCUACGUUGUCUCGUUAACUUGUGCCUUGGCCUUAGGAAUCUUGACCUUGAAUUUGUAGUUGAACUUGGCCCUAAACAAUUGACUAUGGGUAGGGUGGGCCAGUACAGAUUCCUCCCAAAAUAUUGGGGAGUCGGGACAUACAGUAGAAAUUAGUAGAAGUACUGUAAUGCAAAAAAUAGAUUUUUUCCUAUAUUUAAAUUUUUUGUAUUUCUAUUUGACACAUGUUACCGAGAGACACUUAACGAUACUCUAGCUAACGAUACUCUAGCUGUCCUAAGGGUAUGUACCUGGGUGGAAAUUUGCAUGUCACAUGAUCUACAGUGAGCACGUCUUCGACUUUCUUUCUUCAGUUCUAAAACUUACCCCCAGCAUUUAAAAAGCUUAUUUUUCGACGUUAUGGAACAGCGUUUGCUAGAAGCGUUGACAAAUAAUGGUGCCAAGGAUGAGACCAUACAAAUUCUGAUAGAAGAUGAGGUAAUUGAACGCAUUUUAACUUAAUUUUUUCGUGGUUUUAUUUUCCCGCCAAAGCCAAAACUAUUUUUAUCCGGGCAAACAUGACACUUUAAAACAUGUUUAAAGUAUGGGAAAGUACAAAAUAAGGUCUGGUAUUUUAGUAUAUUUUCAUUUUUCUUGUUACCUGACGGUUAUUUAAGUGUUUUAUCAAGAGCAUGUAUAUUCACUCUACGGACGAAUGCCUUACUGAUUAGACUGUAUUGUCGUUUGCACUUGGUAUGAUACCGGCUUUAGUGGGUCGAUAAAAGAACAUAACUUUAGUGUCCAGUAGAAUUAAACAUCUAUAAGGUUAUGGGUUUCCGACAAAAUCCAGCAUUCUGUGCAACAGGAGAUUAGGAAGGGAAUUUCGGAUUUUUGGGCUCCCUAGACUUGAUUUCUUGCAAUUUCAGCAUUAUUUUUACACAUUUUCAUACAAAAAGGGACUUUCACUAGGAGACCAAACUCCUCCAGUUGGGGGGGGGGGGCAACACAGGGGCUGGGGGGGGGGCUUUGGCCCCUCCAGUAUAUAUGUUAAAAAAGGCCCUGUAGAAUUAUUAUACAACUUUUCAGGCAACCCAAUCCGCACGUUGUAACCCAGUAAAAUGAUUGUCUUAGACUUAGGGUUAGGGGUAAUAAACUGCAAACGUGGGCCAGUGUAGGUAGCGGAUCACAACAACGAACAGCAGCAAGGGUUAUACUCACUACCUAAACGAUACAAUAAGAUUUGACCUUUCGAGCGAAGGGCCUUCGCGCGAAACGUCGAACCUUAUUGUACCGUUUAGGUAGUGAGUAAAACCCUUGCUGCUGUUUGUUAGGGGUAAUAAGUCUAGGUUAUAACGUAAGUACAUGCAGGAAAGCGUCUCGUGAUCAUGUCUUUAAGUGUACGUCUUCUGCGUAAAUUCAAUGGACAAUAUAUAAAUUGUGUAUUAUAUAGCAAUAUAAAAUUUGUAUUAUAUUAUACAUGUUGCUGGAAUGUUUGUUAUUGAAUGUCGGUUUUGAAAAAAAACAAAACUUUCAAAGAUUCUCUCUAAAGGUGAUUUUCCAGAUAUUUCGAUUCACCAUGCUGUUUUUAGGUUCAGGUUGACAUAUAUUGAAGGUUGAUAUAUCGAAAAUCAACUGAACAAGUUGUUCAACUUGUAAAGGUAUCAUAUGAAAAGUGUGGUCCACUAUCUCCGUAAAUUCUAUAUUUGAACUAGCUAGAGGUCACUCAAAGGCUGCAUACCUCCGCCAGCAGCAAAUUUUGCAGGCUCCUUUUUUGGUAGGGGCUAUUUCAGAUCCCUGAAGCACCUCUCGUUGCGUUGGCAUGUAAUUUUCACAAAAUGAACUACUCCUAACCGUAGCAGUCUAACCCUAGUCCCUAAAACAACUUGAGAGGACAGCAAAAACGAACCCCGCAGCCCGGCGUCGCUUAGGUAUUUCCCACGCAGCACCACUGCUGAACACGCCAACAGACAGCUAACUGAAAAUCUUCAGAAACAAACCAUUCUCAACGAAAUUGAAUAAAAAUUUAAUAGUCAAGUCUUCCUUUUGGCAGUGGCAAACACAUGUGCAAUAUUUUAGGUCAAAAUGUUAAUUAUUUCUUAACCCAUUGAGUCGCAUUGCACCCUGAUGCACCCUACUUUAGUAUUUUACUCUGUCUAACGCCAGACGAUUUUACUCUGUCUAACGCCAGACGAUUUUACUCGUCAAGGGGAGAGCGCUGGUGCUUAAUGGGUUAACUGGCCUAUCUGCCCUUGUGUCUAGUUAACCCAAUGAGUCGUAUUGCACCCUACUUUAGUAUUUUACUCUGUCUAACGCCAGACGAUUUUACUCUGUCUAAUGCCAGACGAUUUUACUCGCCAAGGGGAGAGCACUGGCGCUUAAUGGGUUAAGUUAUUGUGUUCACAGACCAACAAAUGCACGCACACACAAACGAAGAUGAUUACAUAAAAACCUGGCGGAAGAAAUAAUGAACUUAUUGACGCUAUGCAUGAUGCCCUCUGAGUCGCAUGAAAACGAGGUUGGUAUGUCAAAAGCCAUUAGGUCUAGCUCAUUUAAAAACUUCAAAACAAAGAAUUUUGUUUUGAGUUGUUUCUUCAUUAUGUUGGCUUUGAAGACCACAAAAACAAAUUUAAAGGUAAAAAUUGACACACUUGCUUCUUUUUAAAGAGACUCGUUUCCAGGUCCCGAAUGCAAUCGAGGCAUUAUGGAUAGCGUGUACAUAUAUCACUUUAAUUGCUACCUCCUGUUCAGGCACUAUCUAACUUAAUACACUUUUCGUAUAUUUUAACGGGUCUGUAUUUUUAAUGUCUUUUUAAUGUCCUGUUGGGCUACUUAGUAAAAUAAGGACCCAUGUUAAGACAAUUUCAAGAAAUGUGCAUUUUCACUCACUAUAUAGCUAUUCACCAAUCCGGCAAACACAUGCAGAGGUGAUAUACUUUUUUAACACUCAUUAACUAUCGUACUGAUGUAUUUAUAGUUGGAGGCAGUAGACAUUCUGCAAGGAACAAGCGAAGAGCUGUUAAAAGCUUGUAAUAUAAAAGCAGGUCAGAUCGUCCGGAUCAGAAAGUCAUUAAGUGGGUUCGCAUCAAUAACACCUCCCGAAACAGAUUUGCAACCGGCGGAACCUUCGAAUAGUGAUGGCAGCGUCUUCUUCCGUGUGGUAAAUGACUUCUCGGAGAUGCAACAGAUGAGCUUCAAUGCUGAAAUCGUGCCGGAGGUACCAGAAAUCACGAUACCGUCCAACGAUGAAUCCGCAAUCAAGUGAUACUUCACCUCCUGUUGCUUUCACAACCGAAGUUGUAACACCAAAUGAGAAGUAGCCACUUCUUCAUUUGAGUUACCAAUAAAGGUACCAUAUAUAAAUAAUUUAUCCAAAUCAGUUUUUUCCACAGAAAUCGCCAGGAGCUAUACAGUAGUAAUAAAAAGAGCAAUUUAUUAAUUUAUUGUUCGAAGCGUUAUAAACAUGCAUAUUGUAUGGAAAGCGGAAAAACAAGCAUUGCACGAUAAUUUAAGAAUGAACAAGACGUUUGUUCUCAGUUUUCAGUACGCCCAGAAAGCGUACAGCUGUUUAGUUUUGAACGACUAUGCCUAGAAACAACACAGCCAUUUACUUUUGAUCGAGUACUCCUAGAAUUCAUAAAUUCACGCAUAUUUGAUCGUGUAUGGUUAAAAAGGAUGAUUAGAUUUUAACUUUUGUCGGACGCUCAGAGCUCAUUCCACUUGCCAGACUAGUAAGAUCGCUUCAGCUCGAGUAACGACACAAAGUACGACAGUGAAAAAAUUCGGUUGUUGAUUGCAGGCUCACAGGUUGUGACGCAGGCAAGUGAAUUGGAGCAAUUGAUUGGCUGAGAUCGACCAAGGCAGCGUGGGAGACUAUGUUUUGCGCAAAAAAAGAACCCCGACUGAACUUAUGACUCUCGCUUUAGUUCGAGUACAAAACUUACGUUAAUGGUGUUCUUUCAUUGCACAGGUGGCCUUGGCCUUUCUCUGUGAGGCCGGGAUCAUAUGAUUCUGUAAAGGGAAUUGUACAAAUAAGGGGUCAUGUAAAAAUGCACCUUCUGAUAGCACGGGUGGCGGAAACGGUUAGCACUGAGUUAAGCCUGCUACACUGCAGGGUCAUGCACACGGUGGUAAUUAGGUGAAAUACCUUAGUGAUGUUGAUUCCUAACUCAUGUAAGUUGAGAUUGCAUGGUUCUCUCUGUGCUUCGAUGAUUUUCUCCGGGUACUCCGCUUUCCUCCCUCGCUAAAACUAACCACUUGGCACCCGCAGUAAUAGGCAAUUCCAGCUUUUAGUUUAUAUGUGCAGGGGAUGAUGGGAAGUAAGGUAUCAUAUCACUGAUUAUGCUGAAAAAAUAAAACUGGCGGUCGUGUAAACACAGUGACAGCUUAUACUUGUAAUUGUUACUGUAAUUGUUAGAUGUUGUUACCGCCAGUAAUUUUUCUGGCAUACAGCGUGCGGAUCGGUGCAGGAAAGCAUCUCGUGAUCAUGUCUUUCAUUUGAGUAUAAUUUAUUUUUGUGAUUAUUAAGACAAGCAUCGUUGUCCUACUGAGUUGCAUUAAAUGAAAACAAAGCGAUUAUACUCCCUGUAAAAUAUCUUGCAAAUGUUCUUUCAUCAUAUUUCAGGUUUUCUUACUACUGCAUGUUCGUUUCUUCAAAGUAAGAAAAACUAUUUAAAAAGGGAUUACGUACAGUAACAAUGCUUACCGAUCGUUCGUCCUUACCCCCACCAGCACCUCCUCGAGCUCAGUUCCAAUUAGGGCACAACCUACGAGUAAAAAAAGCAAAGAACCUGUGCUUAGUGAAGCAUUAGGUGCAGAAACGGAGGAAACUUGCCGCAAACACCUGAACCACCUAAAAAAGAAGAUGGACAAACCAAGAAACAGAAACUUGACGCUAAUCCGAGAGUUGAUGGAUCCAACCUACAUCUUCCGUAGGCAAAAUAUCCUUACAAGUCCAACAACUUUAACAGUGUUAAUGGCACAGUAUCCAGCUUUGAGGAUGGUUUCCGAGGUAUCACGGUUGGCAUUAUUUCUUCAGAAACGUCCAGUUCGUUUUUGCUGUACAAGAAAUUCUUCAAUUUUCAUUCCUCUUCUACGAUAUUUUGCAUCUACAUAGAACAUAUCAUUUCUAACAAUCUGAUGUUUUUUGUUUUUGAAAUUGUUACAUUUUUGGCGGGAAAAUAAUACGACAAAAUUGGCGCCAAAAAUUUAUAUAAUAGAUACAGCUGAUUUUCG